CCAGAGGGGUGUGGUUGCGCGUGAAACCUCCUCCCCUCCCUCCGGAGAAGGCUCGCGGAGUCUGGGAGAAGCCAAAGAGGCAGCGGCGCGGCGGCUGUUGAUGAGAGAAUCAAGCGGCGACUGGGAUCUGCAACGGCAGCGAGUGAGCAAGGGGCGCGCGCACCACCACCAGCAGCGGUAGCAGCAGCGGCAAGAGCGCCAAGAGCGGGGCUUCUCUCCACUCGAGCCUGCCUGCUCUCCUCGCGCACCUUGUGUUGCUCUGGCCCUGCCCCUUUCCGGAGGUGGCGGGUCCGGGGACGGAGGGCCAGUGCGCCCCCUUGCCCGGCGGGGAGCCUUGGGAGAGAUUACAAAAUGGAAGAAAUCUAAAUGAAAGUUAGACAAGCUCUGUUUCAGCAUGGAGACUGCUUUGUUUGAAGGCGAACCUGAUAGAGCAUCACUGUGAUAACAAACAAUGAUGAAUCUCAUGCUCUGACUCCAGGAAAGAUGAGCCAGCGUCCGGGGAAAGAAGGCUAUCUUACUCCAACCAAAGAGCUACAUCCGCCUUCAUUCAGUCCGGGAACCGCCCAUGGCCAGGAACAUCUAACUCAUGAAGGAAGAGGGUCCACUGCGGCGUAGGUUUUCUUCAUGUGCUGGGGUUUCGUUACAUCCACGAGCUGAUGGUCGAAAACUUGUCCGGAAUGCUUCAUUCGGAGGAUACAAUGAAUUUCUACCAGUCUUUCGAGGUUUUGACAAAGGGAAGGAUGAUGCAUCACAAAGUAAAGAUGAUUCUGCACAGUCAAUGUCAAAAAGCAAGUCAGAAUCUAAGCUGUAUAAUGGCUCUGAGAAGGACAUUGCCGCUGCUGCUGCUGCCACCACCACCACCACCACCUCUUCUGCCACCAAACUCACAAAGAAGGAGUCUCUUAAGGUUCAGAAGAAGAAUUACAGAGAAGAGAAGAAAAGAGCCACAAAAGAGUUACUUAGCACAAUCACAGACCCAUCUGUUAUUGUUAUGGCUGACUGGUUGAAGAUUCGUGGCACACUAAAAAGCUGGACCAAACUUUGGUGUGUGUUGAAACCAGGGGUGUUGCUUAUCUACAAAACUCCUAAAAAUGGCCAGUGGGUGGGAACAGUACUUUUGAACGCUUGUGAACUCAUUGAGCGGCCUUCGAAAAAGGAUGGAUUUUGUUUCAAACUUUUCCAUCCUUUGGAACAGUCCAUCUGGGCUGUUAAGGGUCCUAAAGGUGAAGCCGUUGGCUCAAUAACACAGCCAUUACCCAGCAGUUACUUGAUCAUCCGAGCAGCCUCAGAAUCCGAUGGUAGGUGUUGGAUGGAUGCGCUGGAGCUAGCUUUGAAAUGUUCAGGUUUGCUCAAGCGUACAAUGAUCAGAGAAGGUAAAGAGCAUGAUCUCAACUCCUCAACAGAUGGUGCACAUGUGUCGUUCUAUGGUCUACUGCGUGCAAACAACGUGCAUAGUAGUGAAAGCUUCCCGUUAAAUGACGGUGAAAUCGAAAGGCAUAAUUAUAAAGAUCCAGAUAUGUAUUCUGAUAAAUCUGAUAAAGAAAAUGAUCAUGAUCAUGAUGAGUCGGACAAUGAUGGCUUGGGAGAAAGUGACACUGACACAUCGGAGCGACAGGAUGAUUCAUACAUUGACCCUGAACCUGAUCCUGUCAAAGAAACCACUUACUUGGAAGAGGUUCAUGAAGAACUUGGAGAGGCAGGAGAAGCUGCUCAAACAGAAACUGUGUCAGAAGAGAACAAGAGUUUGAUCUGGACCCUCUUAAAACAAGUACGCCCAGGAAUGGACCUCUCCAAGGUGGUGCUACCUACAUUUAUUUUGGAAACUCGUUCAUUCUUGGACAAACUGUCCGAUUACUACUAUCAUGCUGACUUCUUAUCUGAAGCCGCCCUUGAAGAGAAUGCUUACAACCGUAUGAAACAAGUUGUGAAAUGGUAUUUGUCAGGAUUCUACAAAAAGCCAAAGGGACUUAAAAAACCCUACAAUCCUAUACUUGGUGAGACCUUCCGUUGCAUGUGGAUUCAUCCAAAGACGAAUAGCAAGACGUAUUAUAUUGCGGAACAGGUAUCUCAUCAUCCUCCAAUAUCUGCCUUCUAUGUAAGCAAUCGAAAGGAUGGAUUUUGCCUUAGUGGUAAUAUUUUGGCCAAAUCCAAGUUUUAUGGAAAUUCAUUAUCUGCCAUCUUGGAUGGUGAAGGUCGCCUGAUGUUCCUAAAUAGAGGAGAGGAAUAUUUAAUGAGCAUGCCAUAUGCACAUUGUAAAGGAAUUCUGUAUGGCACAAUGACUUUAGAGCUUGGGGGAACAGUUGGCAUCAAAUGUGAAAAAACUGGAUAUAGUGCAGCACUUGAAUUCAAACUAAAGCCAUUUUUGGGCAACAAUGACAGUGUUAAUCAAAUAAUGGGGAAAAUUAAACUGGGCAAAGAAGUUCUAGCUACUCUGGAAGGCCAUUGGGACAGUGAAGUUAUUAUUAGGGACAAAAAGACAGAUGUUUCAGAGACAUUCUGGAAUCCAACACCUGAGAUCAGACAGCACAGAUUAAGAAGAUACACGGUGAGAUUUGAAGAGCAAGGUGACUUUGAAUCAGAAAAACUCUGGCAACAUGUGACCCGAGCUAUAAACAACAAAGACCAAGCAGAAGCAACUCAGGAGAAAUGUAUUUUGGAAGAAGCUCAGAGAAAGGCUGCCAAAGAAAGGAAAGCCCAGGAUGAGGAAUGGGUAUGCAAACUCUUUGAUCAAGAUGCAGUCCCGGGAGAGUGGAGUUACAGAUAUGCAGACACAAGACCAUGGGAUCCUUUGAAUGAUAUGAUACAGUUUGAAAAAGAUGGUACCAUCCAGACAAAAGUCAGACACAGGACACCAAUGGUUAAUGUUGCAAAAAUAAAGAGGUCUGCUAAGUCAAAGAAAGGGGAGUGUGGCUUUUCCUCACCAGAACCUGAUAAUCAGGACUCUUCUGGAAGUGAAGCACAACUCAAACACAAUACAAGAAUCCGUAAGAAGAUGCUGGAUCUUGGUGAACUGCAAAGUGCCAUUGAAUCUAUAAGGGAGACCCAGGAAGACAUUCGAAGGGACAUGAUGGCUUUACGAACUCGAAUGACCUCAAGCUCACCGACUCAAGAUAAUAGUUUCUUUCAGUUCAAGCACUAUGUCUUCAUUUUGCUGAUGAUUCUCCUACAGCUUUUCAUCAAUUAUUGGUUUAAAUAGAAUGCCUGGACAGAAGAAUAUUUGAACUGAAAUGAUUAUAUUCUUCGUGGGACCAUAUUUUAAGCUUGGCUUGACUUCAAAUAAUGCAAUAUUAUAUAAAAGAGAAGCGCCCAGAGGAUAAGACUUUAGGCCUUUGCCUCAAACACUUGUGCUCACAUGGAGCAAUGUCUGUUAUAUUCCGUCCUAGCCAGAUGACAUGGACAAUGCAUAUGUGCCAGUACCUUUCUCUUUGCAUCUUUCACAUGCCGGAUAACUGCCUUGCAUAUUCCAAUGUGUUGUAGACUGCAGUGAUAAAUACCAGUACAUAAUAUGUCAGGCUGGAAUUUCAAAAACAUAUAUUUUCAUUAUAACCAUAUAAUCCCCAUUGGUCAUGUUAGUAAAAAAAAUGAAUUUUAACCCAAGACUUGUUUAAAGUUUACUGGGUACUGUAAUCUUAAUUCAUUAGGAGACAUACAUUGAUGUUAACUUUAAACAUUAAUAAUUGUACAAAGAAUAAACUAUUCAACCUUUCACUGCCAUUAAAAGACAUUGUGCUAUUAGUCCAUCAACAUUUCAUUAACUCUAGAACAUUUCAGUGAUGGUAGAUGUAGUUUUCCUUAAUUUAUGAAAACUGACUUCCAUUGGUAGUACUAGAGUUAAGGAGAAACAUCAGGGCAACAGUUCUACAAAGUGCACAGAUAGUUUGUGUGUUGAUCAAUUCAAUUUCAGAAACUCUUGGAUAAAGUGUGGGAGGAUGGGGCUAUCCUGCUAGAUGAUGGGGCUUCCUAGAUUGUAUUCUUGGGGUACUAAUCAAACAUGAUUUUUUAAAAAACUACAUUAUUGCUGGACAUUUGGCUUAUCAGGACCAUUGUGGUCAUCUGGUUGCAAUUAUGCCUGGAUAGUUAUGUCAUUUUUUACAGGUUUGGAUAGCAAACUCCUUUUUUGAACAGUGGUUUCCUAAAGCCAGUUAAUUUGCUGCUUCUGCCUGUUUUAGGUGCCCAAAAUAUUAGCACACUAGUCUGUGCUUAAUUUCUGUUUAAAAUAUAGAUUUGCUAUGAUUCUUUAAGUGAAAUAACACGCUGAGCAAAUCUUAUUGGAUUCCUUCAGAAUUAAGCUCCCAGAGAAGUUCUUAUGUUGUGGUAUGUAUAGUACUAAUUUAAGAUGCAUGGCAAAAUGCAAAAUAUCAGGAACUCAAAUCCUCUUAUCAAUAUUGUGUUACAGCACACAAAAGCCCUCUCACUAAGACAUAAUACAUAGUUGGUCAGUUUAGGAUUAAUACUGUGUUUAGCAGCUGAUGGUUUAAUUUUUUGUUUUUAUGCAGCCCAAAUAACUAAAGCAAAAGGAGCUACCUGCAUACAAAUAAAUAAUAUUUAGCUGGACAUGUCUAUCUGAUUAAUAUCUGCAUAUCUUUAGUCUUUCAGUCUUACCCUUUAUUCUGCCUUGUGAACUCCUUGCCAAGUCUUUAAAAAACAAAGAUUAUCUCAGAUACACAGAACAACUUCCCCCUGCCCAUCUCCAUGGGUAUUACAAAGUUUCUGAAGUGCUGGAGUUCUUAAGAAGAAUUUUAACUUGGUUGUAGCAAAUGUCUAUGUAGCCAUGAUCCAUGUGCAUUGCAGAUUGGCUGGGAUAUUGAUGUAUACGAGUCUGUGAAAGAUCUAUCGUGACAGUAGCACCAACAGAGCUAUACAAUGAAAAGAUUAUAUGGUGAUUUAUAUUUAUUUGUAAGCACUUGGAAAAUCAGCUAUUCAUAGUGCAGUCCGCAUUGGUCAAAACUGUUACAUUUACCUUGUUUUCAGUUGGCUUUGACCCUGUCUGCUAAUGCACAUUUAUAUCAGACUUUUCCUGUGUUUGCUUGUUGUUUGGUUUUGUUUGUGCAUUUCUUGUGUGAGAUUGAGCUAGGAAAAUGUAUUUGAUUACUUCUUUUUCAGGUGUUUCUUAAGUACCUGUGGCUACCUUAAAUAGGAAAUACAACUUCUGUGACAACAUUAAAUCACAGCUGUCCAAUCUUCUGUCUCAAAUACAGAAAAGCACAGCACUUAAAGCCUAAAUUCCUCCUUUGCUCCUUUAUAUGACUCCUUAUGUGAGCAGAACAAAGGAAUUGGUUGCCUGAUUACCUUUUUAUAUGAUCUGGUUGAUUACGGGCCUUGUUUAUUAAAUGUUUCUUCAUAUGUGAUAUUUAGCCAUGUGUUUUAUGACCUUAAAUUCUUUCGAGUGACUGUUUUCUGCACAGAGUUAUUUAAAGAAAAAAACUGUGAUUGUACAGUUUGUAGAAAUGCGAGGGCACUGGCCUCCCUGCUAAUUUGUAGUAUUUAAAACCGAGCACUUGCUUUCUCACUUGAUUAUGUAUGUUUUCCUUUGUAUAUAAGAAGAAAAUACUCAAAUUUCUUGUUGUUGCCAUGUUUCUGGCUGUUUGUUUAAAAGAAAUGCACUAUAAGCAUUUAAUAUGCCAUGUUAACUAUUAACAUAAUACCUAAAAGGAAACUAAAUGUGUAGUGUGUAGAGUAGUAAAUAGUUAUGGCAAUAUGCAGGGUUUCUUCUAUUUCACAUCUUAGGUUAGUUUUUAACUACUAAGCGUUCCUUAUAAGUGUACAGCAUGCUUGUUUUUCCAUGAAAAGUUGGUUCUGACAGCUAACCUGUACAAUGUUUCAAAUGAUUUUUACAGUUCACUGUCCUCCUGUGCCUUCGGGGAAAAUCUUCUUUCCAAUUCAAUGUUAAAGCAAUGGAAUGAGAGUUAAAUACAUUUGUCUCAUUUACCUUGAUUGUAGUCAUUUGCUUUAAUGGCUGUUGCUUCAUGGUUUUUAUCCUGUUGUAAAUAGAAUACUUAACUGCUGUACUCUUAUAAGAACUACUAUUAUAAUUCUACUGUAUCCUCAGUUUUUGGGCAUCUUUUGAAAGUAGGCCAUCAGAUACUUGAGUAUUGUAACAGUGCCUUGAUGGAGUUCACACAGAGAUGAGGGGGUGUGUGUUAUGUAUUUAUAUGUAUAUAAAGAUAUUGUCCAAGUUUGUGCCAUAUCUAUUCAUAAAUCUUCAUGGAAGCUGUUUCCAAUAUUAAUCUUCAUCCAAACAUUUCCUAAAAGAUAUGGUAUAAUUGUAGAACACAUCAGGUUUUUUUCAGUGACUAUAAUGGCUGGAUCUAACAAUCUCCAAAGUUUGGAGUGUGCACUCUUGUACAAUGAAGCUGCAAUGUUUUGUUUGUGAUACUACAAAAAUAGCCAUAAUAAAACUAGAACAUCACAGACAGAUUAUUUUGGCUUCAAUUUUGUUUUCAUGGGUUAAAAAAAAAAACCUAAGAAAAAAAUUUUGGGGAACAAAAAAUGAGAUUCAAAAGACAAAUAAUUAUAUAACUUCAAAUGGAAUCUGUGAGUGAGGUGGGAAAACCCUGCUAAUCAAACUGUCUCCUUGUGUGAACCAAGAAGCACAUGUAGUAUAUUUAAACUUUGGCUAAAAUUUGGAAAGCACUUUUUAAAUGUAUAGCCUUCUACUAUUCUUGAACUCCUUGUUCACAUUCUUCUAGUUUCUGAAGUUCAUAAUUCCCACUAGGUCAUUUUUUAUUCUCUCUAUUUCCUGUUUGUUUGUUUUUUACUUUUAACAAUUGCUUGAAUUUUUAUACUGUUAAGCAUUUUUUAAACUGAAAAUGGGGCGUUGUACUAAAGCUGAUAGGACCAGUGUUUAAUCCAAUGCAAACAAUGUAAGGAAAGCCAGACGUUAUGACAAAAUAUGAAUGUGAAUGUACUUAAUAUAUAGAUAGGACAGUCUAUUCCUGUAAGUUUUGUUUCUGCAUAUCAUGUAAAAUAGCAUUAAUAUUAUUGCACUGGGUUCAUUUGUUUUUGUGUUUAAAUCAUGCUGCCUGCAGUGUGAUAAGAGAAACAAGUAAUUCCUCUAAAAGAACUGGUAAUUGUGUGUUGCAUGCUUAAGUGUACAGCCACGUUGAACAGCUUGUUUUAAAGGCCAUUUGUAAAUUUAAAACUAUACCACUGGUCAAUAGUUUUGUACAAUUAAAGAAAUAGAAUAAAGAACUGAUCAAGAACAUAA